AUGCAGUUUGCCCAGACCACUCGCCCACCCACUAACCUUGCCAAACCCAAUCAUCCCUUCUAUCACCUCAAUUCUGCUAUUUUGACCUUUUACCCAGCCGCAGAAGAACGCACCUACACGUCAAUGUUUUGCCUUUCAACCAUUUUGUUUACAAUCUAUAACAAUGUGGACACUAACUCAGGACCACCUGAACAUGCUCAAAUUAUCCUGCUAUGGACUUGGCCAUUUGGUGAUAAAUUUCCCCUUAAUGACUGUCCACCAUUCUUUAAUAUAAAGGGAUGUUUCUAUACAGCUAAAAGAACAUUGUUUCCUUCUGCUGAUGCUGUUGUAAUCCAUCACAUGGAUGUAUCCCACUUUAAAAACCAACUUCCCCAGAUGCCAAGACCACCCAAUCAGUACUGGGUUUGGUUUAACUUGGAGUCCCCAUCUCUCAGCCCAAACUUAAACUUUAUGGACAAUCUCAUCAAUCUGACCAUGUCCUACAGGGCUGACUCUGAUAUAUUCUCUCCUUAUGGCUGGUUGGAGGAGAAUAAGGAAGAAGAGAACUUCACUAUCCCUCCAAAGACUAAGCUGGUGGCCUGGGCAGUCAGUAACUGGAAUCCACAGUCUCGGAGGGUGCGCUAUUAUGAGCAGCUUAAGAAUUUUUUAUCCAUUGACAUAUAUGGAUCGCAGCAUAAACCUCUGCCUAGAAAUAGACAACAGCAAACACUUUCCAGAUACAAAUUUUACCUAUCCUUUGAGAACUCAGCUCAUGAAGACUACAUUACAGAGAAACUGUGGAAAAAUGCCUUUGCAAAUGGCAUUGUACCAGUUGUUAUGGGCCCCUCUCGUGAAAAUUAUGAGCGUUUCAUUCCCAAAGACUCUUUUAUUCAUGUAGAUGACUUCUCCACAGCCCAGGAAGUGGCCACAUAUAUUUUAAAGUUGGACAGUGAUGACAAAGCCUACCAGCAAUAUAUCCACUGGAGGUCCAGACCUCAUCCUUUUGCAGGCAUUAAUUGGCAGACUGCAUACUGUAGAGUAUGCAAAGCAAUAAAAGAAGCUCCUAAACAUAAGACUAUUCUAAGUCUUGGAGACUGGUACAAAUGA